AUGGCGAAAGAUGCCGAGCAACCGAUGACAGAAGAACGGCUGAUUUCAGAAGAUCGGGAAGAAAAACGUGCUGUCAAGAGCGAGGCCAACUCCGAGGAGGGCCCUGCUGACAAACAGCCAUGCUUGGAGGAGUCGAGUGUGGUUGUGCCUUUCGUUAUUGAACCAAAGAUAAAGAACAUGCCUAUCUCCUCUGAAGCAUCAGCUUUGAAAGAUCCAGCUGUGGCUCUGAGUUUGGCUGCCUCGGUCCCUUUGCCGGCUAACAAGGCAACCUUUCGUGCCGAGCCAGAUUUGGUAGCAAUAGCAUUAGCUGCCCAGUCGGCCCUUCUGACGGUUAGAAGGAUAACCGAACUGGGCCGCCGCCAGCACGAUGCCAUUGAAAGAAUUGGCUGCUUGAAGUGGGAAGUUGAAGGUGAGAGGAGUAGGGCAGAGUUCGAAGCGGUGAGAGCCACAAUAGAAAGUACAAGAGCCGAAGCUGAGAAGGAGAGGGCUCGGAUUGCUAACCAGCUCAGAUCCGAUGCUGAGGAGAGGGCGAACUCGAGCGAGAAGUCGCUCAAGUUGGCCAAGGAGGCGCUUGCCAGGGUGGAGGCUGAGUUAGAAGAGUUAAAGAAGGCCAAGGAAAAAAUCGACUCUGAGGCUUCUGCGGCGUUCGAGGGUAGCAAAACAGUGGCGGAGUAUGAUCGUGCUUUCACCGAGUUGGCAAGGUAUGCACCUCACAUGGUCGACAACGAAUACAGGAAAGCUCAUAAAGCCAUCCUUGCAGAAGCCAACCUGAACAGAAGUCAAAGUUCGGGGAAGAAUCAGAAGAAGAGGCAGACCUAUGACAAUUGCGAAGAAGAGGCAGACUCGAAUGAUGCUGAGGAGGAGACAAAGGUGGACAGUCCCAAUAACGCGAAUCUGGAAGGUGGUACUUGGCCGACAUGUGCAAGUUGCGGGAAGCGACAUUUUGGAGUUUGUCAUCGGGCAUCUGGAGCAUGUUUUGAAUGUGGCGAGAUGGGUCACCGUGUGAGGGACUGUCCAAGGGUAAAGGCUAGAAAAGAUAAGAAGAGAUGA